AUGGCAGCUUUCAACCUCCACCCCGGUGUCCCCAAGCCUGGGGACCUGAUCGAGAUCUUCCGGCCACAUUACCAGCACUGGGCCCUCUACCUGGGGGACGGGUACGUCAUCAGCGUGACGCCCGUAGAUGAAGGCCCUGCAGACAUGUUAAGCAGUGCAAGGUCAGUGUUCAACGGAAAGGCCUGGGUGAGGAAGCAGCUCCUGAAGGACCUGGUGGGAAAUGACACCUACCGCGUCAACAACAAGUACGACAGCAAGUACCCUCCCCUCCCGGUGGGGGAGAUUAUCUGGCGCGCUAAGUGCUCCAUCGACGAGGAGGUCGCCUAUGACGUGCUCAGCAACAACUGCGAGCACUUCGUGACAAAGCUCCGCUACGGCAAGGCAGUCUCUGGCCAGGUCAACCAAGCCGUUGAUGCUGUUGCCACUGUUGGUGCUGUGGCACUUGCUGCUGGUGCCAUCUCCUUGCUGGCCUGGCUCGGGAGCAGAUCCCGAGAGAGAGAGGACUGA